AUGGUUAAAGAAACCAAGUACUACGAUGUUCUUGGCGUUGCGCCUACCGCCACUGAGCAAGAGCUCAAGAAGGCUUACAAGACGGGCGCCUUGAAGUACCACCCUGAUAAGAACGCGCACAACCCUGCUGCCGAGGACAAGUUCAAGGAAAUCUCACACGCCUACGAAAUUCUCUCCGAUUCCCAGAAGCGCAGCAUCUACGACCAGUACGGCGAGGCCGGCCUCGAGGGAGGUGCCGGCGGCGGCGGCAUGGCCGCUGAGGACCUGUUCGCUCAAUUCUUCGGCGGCGGCGGCGGUGGCCUCGGCGGCAUGUUUGGCGGUGGCAUGCAGAACCGUGGCCCUCCCAAGGCCCGCACCAUCCAUCACACUCACAAGGUCUCGCUCGAGGAUAUCUACCGCGGCAAGAUCUCCAAGCUCGCCCUCCAGCGCUCCAUCAUCUGCCCCAAGUGCGAAGGCCGCGGCGGCAAGGAGGGCGCCGUCAAGCGUUGCGCCGGCUGUGACGGCCACGCUCUGGCUGGUGGCACUAUCUUCGUCGAGCACCUCGACGACAGGUGGCUGAGCAUCGACAUUCUGCCUGGCGAGGCUAUUUGCCCUGAUGCUGUCAAGAUGGUCCGCGGCCAGGGUAUGCCCUCUGAGAGGCACCACGACCACGGCAACAUGUACAUCCAAUUCAGCGUCAAGUUCCCCGAGAAGAACUGGAUGCAGGAUGAGGCUUCAUUCGAGGCCCUUCGCAAGCUGCUUCCCGCGCCCAGCCUCCAGACUGUCCCGCCUCCCGAUGGCAUGACCGAGCCCGCAGAUCUCGAGGACAUCGAGACGCAAUCCCAGGCUCGCGUCUUUGGCGGCGGCGCUGGCGGCGGUUCCAUGGAGGAGGAUGACGAGGACGGUCACCCCCACGGUGAGCGCGUUCAGUGCGCUUCUCAGUAA